AUGACGUUUGAUUUUAAAUUCUUUGCUAGAAAAAUCAAUCAAAAAGUACUUGAUCGAUUUCGUUCUCCAUUUUGGCUUAAUAAGCAUUGGUGUGUUGCUUUUAAUUCCAACCGUUGGUCUCUCUUUACCAUACCUUACUUUUCUCCGACUUCAAUUCAUGAUUCAUCUGUUUCAGCGUCAUCUGAUUGUACAACAUUACCUCUCGAACAACACGUCAUCUUUUAUGAUCGUCUUACUAAAUUAAGCUAUGGAUCAGAUCGAUACCAAUUACCAUAUCGUUAUAAUCAUGUUGAGGAAGUUAUUUUUGAUGAUCCUUAUGCAUGA